UUUGUGGAGGACUAUGAACCCACCAAAGCUGACAGCUACCGCAAGAAGGUGGUGCUGGACGGUGAGGAGGUGCAGAUAGACAUCCUCGACACGGCAGGUCAGGAAGACUACGCUGCCAUCAGAGACAACUAUUUCAGAUCUGGGGAGGGCUUCUUGUGCGUCUUCUCCAUCACUGAAGACGACUCAUUCCAGGCCACUCAAGAAUUCCGGGAACAAAUUCUCCGAGUGAAGAACGACGAACACAUCCCAUUCUUGUUAGUGGGCAACAAAGCUGAUCUAACGGAGCGCAGGAAAGUCUCAGAGGAAGAAGCCAAGAACCGUGCGGGACAAUGGGGCGUACCUUACGUGGAGACCUCGGCCAAGACAAGAGCUAACGUGGACAAGGUUUUCUUUGAUUUGAUGCGUGAGAUUCGCUCUCGCAAAUUGGAAGACAAUAAGAACACCAAUGGCAAGGGUAAAGAUCCUGGCAAGAGGAAAAAACCCAAGUGCUGCAUUCUUUAGGCUUUUUACGACCUGACCCGUCUGAUCUCUGCCAGCAAGCAACAAGCAGACAGUCCAGCAGAAGCAGAGAAUAAACCUACCCCGUGUUGCUGCAUCUCAUAGUGAUUAUGUAGCUAACAUGCCCAGUUUCUCAAUAUCACAUACCUAAGAUGUCAACCUGAAACACAAAUAGAUUCAACAAUGUUAAUCAUUUGACAAAGAAUAAUGAAAAUAUAACUGAGAAAUAGGUAGUCAAUAUUGAUGAUGGAUAGAGAUGUAACACUUAACCCAAUGUACAGAUGGAAUAGAUAAUUUUGAAAUAAUUCCUGUUCUAAAAUGCAACAUAUUUGACUCCACUGAAGGAACAUUACCAUAGAUGUAUUAAAGAUGGAUUGGCCUUGUAAACUUCACGUGAUGGAAAUCUUUUACUCGUUCUAUCUCUCUUUUUUUUCUUUUGCGUAUUUUCAAAUUCUGUUUUGUUUGGGUUGUUAUAUAUUCACAGCUGCAUUCAAGAUGUUACUAUUAAGAUUUGGUGAGAUUAUUUCCACUGACAGCGUAUAAGUAAGUCUCCAUAACAGUAAGACAACCACCAGACAUUAGGUUAGCAUGAAGAUGAAUGUAUAGUAAGAUUUUGGUUACUUUUUGAUAUACUCAUAGUGAUAAGAGUGUCUCAACGUACUGUACAGGUCUGACGUUGGUCGAUAUUUUUUACUAUUUCUGUCAGUUUAGUGCUUGUUACUGGUGUAUGUUACAAGCCUUGGAUAUCCCAGUGACAAAUAGGUUAAAAUGGAUCUGCAUGAUGUGGCUAUUUAGAUGUAGAAGGAUGAAUCUAUCGGAAGCUACAAAUUUAAGAGGUCUUUUGUUUCGUCAAUGCCUACUUUGUACUGUUUUCAUUCUCUUGAGUAAAUUGUUAUGUUUACAGUACAGACAGAUCCUGAUUUACUUUCCUGAAAAAGCUAUCGUAAAAGCGUGUAAGUUAGGAUCUUAUCUGUAUGUUAUUGUGAAUUCAUCAAGAACUGUAAAUCAUUCCUUUUAUGUGAUUGCUUUUGUCUUUUCAUAAUCCUUGGUCUCUUUUUAUUAUGCAGUGAGGUAAGGAAGUAUGACUGUGCUCGUCCUUUCAUUUUCAAGAUUAGGAUUAUACCAUUUAAGAAAAGUGCUUCAUUUUUUAUAAUCCAUCACAUCAGACUUGUGUACUGCGCCACAUACCGUUCCAAAGAAAUAUUAAGGAUACAGUUCUAGCUCUUAAAGAGGAUAUGAGUCGAGUGGGAUUGGAUCAGUUUUGCAUUCCAAAGAACCUUUCCAUUCCUCCCACUUACAAUUUUAAUCUUCCAACAACAAUUUUCAAUAUGAGAAGCAACAAUACUUCACAGGUUUCCUCUCUUAGCUAAGACCAGCUUGUUACUGUGUCAUUUAUACCAUAUCUUUGCUGUCUGCCAUCUUCUUCUCUUCACACUUUACCUGCACACCAAACCUUCCUCCAGGACCUGGUUGACCAAAACAUUGAUUAUAUGGGAUAAGAAAUGAGUUCAUAUUUCUUAUGGCUUAUAUUUUAACCUCCAGAAAUUAUCAAAAUUACUGUUGAGGGAUAAUCAACACUAUGGUGAGCCAGGUCCUCACAGUCAAGGGGUUGUAUAUUUGCAUUCUUUUUUUAUUGUAAAAUGUGGAAAGUAAAAUAAGACAAAGAAGUUGCACCACAUUA